AUGUCUCGGAAUGACAGUUUCCACUCCCAGUUUGUACAUCAGAGAAUCGGAGUGAAAACAGAGCCAGUACAGCAGGAGGCCUUCAGUAGUUUGGAUCUAUUAAAAUGGGAGUGAAUCUGAUAGAAGUUUGGGUGCCAGUUUUACUUCUAGUUUCCAUAGCUGCGGGCUCUAACAUUUGCACUUCCAGAGGAGUGAGUACCUGUAAAGAAUGCUUGUCCAUACAUCCAACUUGUGCCUGGUGCUCUCAGGAGACCUUUGGAAAGGAAGGGUCGAGUUUGUCCCGGUGUGAUCUCAGAGACAGUCUCAUUCAGUCUGGUUGUGAUGUGAAGUCUAUUGAAUUUCCAGUUAGCAAAAUGACAAUACUAGAGAACGUACCCCUGAGUGACAAAGCAGGGGGUUCAGAUGACAUCACUCAGAUCCAGCCACAAAAAAUCCACCUGACCCUCAGGCCAGACGAUUCAAGGAAAUUUACCGUCACUGUGAAGCAAGUAGCUGAUUACCCAGUUGACCUGUACUACCUGAUGGACAUGACCAAUACCAUGAAGGACGACCUGCAGAAGCUUUACGCGCUGGGCAAUGAUCUGGCCAAAGCUUUACGGGGCGUCACCAGUAAUCUGCGCAUGGGAUUUGGAGCUUUUGUAGACAAACCGCUCUCACCCUACAUGUACAUUUACCCUGAAGAAAUCAUCCAGAAUCCUUGUUAUAAGUUUCCUGAACCCUGUCCACCGCAAUUCGGCUAUCGCAACGUAUUGUCUCUGACGGAGCAGGUAGAGAGGUUCACAGAGGAAGUGAAGAAACAGAAAGUGUCCAGAAACAGAGAUGCCCCUGAGGGUGGAUUUGAUGCUAUCAUGCAAGCAGUAGUAUGCAAGGACAAAAUUGGAUGGAGGCCUGAUGCAUCUCAUUUGCUGAUCUUCACAAGUGAUGACAGAAGUCAUUUGGCUUUAGAUGCCAGGCUGGCUGGAAUCGUCCAGCCCCAUGAUGGAGGGUGCCAUAUCAACAGCAACAAUGAAUAUGACAAGUCCACUAUACUGGACUAUCCUUCACUUGGUAUGAUCACAGACAAAUUAUCCGAGAAUAACAUCAACCUCAUCUUUGCUGUAACCAGCCAUGUGGUGCCACUAUAUCGUAACUACAGCGAGCUGAUUCCUGGCUCUGCGGUCGGAACACUCUCUAGAGACUCUGGAAAUGUUGUGCAACUCAUUUUGGAUGCAUAUGCGAAGAUCAGGUCUAAGGUUGAGCUGGAACUGCUGGGUGUGCCGGAUGAGUUAUCGCUGUUCAUCAAUGCAACAUGCCUGGAUGGACAGGUCACAGCAGGCGUCCGGUCCUGCAGUGGACUCAAAAUUGGAGAUAUGGUUUCAUUUAGCAUUGAGGCGAAACUUCACGGCUGCCCCAAAGAGAAGAGCCGGACCUUCAUGGUGAAGCCAGUCGGCUUUAAAGACACCCUUCAUGUGACUGUGGACUUUGCUUGUGAAUGUGACUGUCAGCAGUCCUCCACGCCCACCAGCGCUUCCUGCCACUACGGCAACGGUACCCUGGAGUGCGGCGUGUGCCUGUGCGACCAGGGCCGUCUGGGCUCUCGAUGCGAGUGCUCAGAGGGCGAAUACAAUCCCACCCAACAAGACAGAUGCAGCCCUGACCCAGCGACGCCGAUUUGUAACGGGCGUGGAGACUGUGUGUGCGGACAGUGUACCUGUCGCUCGACUGAUUUUGGGAAGGUUUGGGGGCCGUACUGUGAAUGUGAUGACUUUAGCUGCCUCCGUUCCAAAGGACAAAUAUGUUCAGGUAAUGGUGAGUGCAACUGUGGGACCUGUCAGUGUAGCGCCGGAUGGUCUGGCGAGAGCUGUGACUGUUCGACCCGCACAGACGCCUGCAUAGUGAGUGGAGGAAUGCUGUGUAGUGGGCGUGGCCACUGUGUGUGUGGUGUCUGUGAGUGCACACAGCAAGGAGCCUAUGGAUCAACCUGUGAGAAGUGCCCCACCUGCCCAGAUGCCUGCACCAUCAAAAAGGAGUGUGUUGAGUGUAAACAUUAUAAAAGAGGGGAUCUGUAUGAGAAGAACUGCAAUCACGUCUGCAGAGAUGAGAUUGUGCCGGUGGAUGAGCUGGUCUUUCAUGAGACGAACUCAGUGAACUGCAGCUACAAGGAUGAGGACGACUGCGUUCAGAACUUCCAGUAUUAUGAAGAUGCCAGUGGAAAAUCCUUUCUCUAUCUUGUUAAAGAACCAGACUGUCCUAAGGGUGCUGAUGUCUUGGUGGUCACUCUUUCGGUCGUUGGUGCGAUCCUGCUGCUGGGACUGGCUGCACUCUUGGUGUGGAAGCUUCUGAUCACCAUUCACGACCGUCAUGAAUUUGCCAAGUUUGAAGAGGAGAAAGCCAGGGCUAAGUGGGAGGCGGCUAAUAAUCCACUCUACAAAGGAGCCACCAGCACCUUCCAAAACGUAACAUAUCGUGGCAGUUAAGAAUGACACCACCUCUGCUUCUGUUAAGCACAACUACUGAUCAUCUCAACAACACACGUCUCAGCCAAUCACAGCUUGGUUCACCCAGCCAUGUGACUAUCUAGAAUUGUGGCGACUAAUGCAGAAUGUAUCAACAUAUUUCUUAGAAAUAUUAUUACUAGGUAUUAGACAAUUAAAAUACACUACUGUUCAAAAGUUUGGGGUUCGUUAGAUUUUAUUUAUUUUUUUAAUUAAUAUUUUUAUACAACAAUGAUGUGUCGUUUUUUUUAAAUGACACAGAAGUCUAAUGUUUACAUUUCAAAUACAUGCUGUUCUUUUAAACUUUCUAUUCAUCAAUAAAUCCAGUUUAAAAAAAUGAUAACGGUUUCCACAAAAACAACGCACCAGAAACAUUUUAACAUCAGAUUAAUCAGAAAUAUUUCUUGAGUAGCCAAUCACCAUAUUAGAAUGAUUUCUGAAGGAUCCUGUAACACUAAAGACUGGAGUAAUGAUGGUGAAAUCUGAAAUAUUUAAAUUAAAUUACAAAAUUAUGUAUAACCAUUAGAGACUAAACCAAAAACAUAACAUAAAAAAUCUUUCUGACCCAAAACUUUUGAAUGACAGUGUAUGGCCAUUGAAAUCUAUUUUUACCUGUUAUUUCUCCAUUGUUGUAAUGUAAAUAUUGUAAUAAUAAGAUUAAUCUUUAAUCUUACAAGAUGAAAAUUCAGAACAGGAUUAUUAGGAGUAGUAAUUAUAGUUACAGUGUAAACAUGUUCAGUGAGACCUCAGUUACCAUUUUUAAUAACUCAUGUUUUUUACAAGUAAUUUUUUCCACUUGUGGCACAGUUACUUUUCUACUUUUUAUUUUAUUCUUAAUGAAACUUGACAAUGCUGUUAUGGGAUUGGUGUGACUUCUGUUCUGUUCUUACUGUACAUUCCUGCACUAAUUACUUUGAAUUGCACUGCUGGUAUUCAUCUGCUGUAUUUUAAGAAUUUUUUAAACUUGCAUUGUCAUGUUGUCAGUUUAUUUUUAAUGUGAUGUGUGUAACUUUUUCCAGUGUUAAAAUACUUUAUUGUAUCCCCUCAUUAAUAUACAGAGACAAAAAUAUUCAGCCAGGGACCUGACUGUCUGUUUGAUUUGCCAACUGCAGACUGGGACUGUGUUAUGGAAACCUUUCUGAAAACAGUCAUUAUUAUUGCUAUUCCAUUUGGUGUCACUAUUGGUGGAGUAACCAUGGUUAAUCUGUGGUUACCAUGGUUUAACUAUUAGUAACUAUGUUUUUGUUUGUUUUAAUUAUUUGUAGUAUAACCAUAAUUUUAGUCAGGGGUGCCGAAAAGCCAAAAGUUAUUACAAAUCAAGGUGAAGAGUGCAAAAAACUGAGUUACAGAAGGCAUUUGUGGUUGGCCAAACUGAACUAGGAUUUCCAGGGCAAGAAUCUUGACAACAUUUGUGUUUGUUCUUAUCAUUGCCAGCCAGGUAGGCGAAAUAUUAUGCUAAUAUCUUAAUUAAUACUGCUCCUACGUGUCUUUACCACCUAUGAACUUUAGUUUGUCAAAAUAUUGCACCCUUUUCUGCUUACUAAGUCCUUCUCUUUAUGAUUUAGCAGCUUACACAUGUUUUGGUUUAGACAGCAUAAAUUAGCAGAACAACGUAGAAGUACAUUACCGGUGCAAUCUAUGCUGCUGUUUAUAUAUCUAUCGCAAGUAUAGAUGCGCAUCCGGGUAACCGAUCAAAUUGUGAAGCGAAUGCAAACCCUCUAUUGUCUUUUGUGGCGUCGCAUCGCAAAUGUAAUGUUUACAAUUCUACAUUAAUUUUCUGAGAGAAAGAGUGUUCUUUAAAGAAUGAUUUGUAUGACUGAGCUAGACUCCUUUUUAAAGUAAUUAAAGCUCUAACUUG